ACUUCCGCAUGGGCUGGGACCGUCUGGGAACCCUGGGAACCCACCAUAGUAAACAACAUUUAAUUAUUCUGCAACGGGUUACAUUUACAUUUGGAAGAGUGUAGCGAGCAUUAGGACCCACAGACGGAGGACCCCUGGAAAUGAAAGCUGACUUGAUUCUUCUUCCUGUUUUAUCAAGAGACUUGAAAAUUGAGCAGGUAUACCAGCCAUGGCAUCACACGUGGAGCUUCUCUUAGGAGUUCUCCUGGACCUGGCAAAUGAUGAGUUCAAGCACUUCCAGUGGUUCCUAAGGCAGGCUGGCGUCGUAGAAGGCUUCCAGGCUAUCCCGAAGAGCUGGCUGGAGGAGGCUGACAGGCAGGACACGGUGGAUAAGAUGGUGCAGACCUACAGCCUCCCUGGAGCACUGCGCAUCUCAGUGGAAGUUCUGAAGAAGAUCGGCAGGAAUGAUUUAGUGGAGCAGAUUUCAGAAAGUGGUCCUAAGUCCCACAAGUCUGCCACUGAUGCUGGAGAGAACGCAGGAGUUUUGCCCAUUCAAACCGUUCCUUCAGUUCUCCAUAAUCCUCUCACCUCUGGACCUGAAGCUGAAGAGUUCUUGGUGAAAGGACCAAUGCCUCCACAACCCAUCACGUCGUACCAACGCUUACUCCGGUCAAACCUCCAGAACAAGUUUAUGUGUAUACGAGAGGGGUCAUCUAGGCAAAAUGACAAGAAACUUUUGGACGAUAUCUACACUGAGCUCUACAUCAUAGAUGGAAAUGAUGUAGAUGUAAACAGGCAGCAUGAGGUCAGGCGCAUUGAGAUGACGCUGAGAAAAACAGGAGCAACCGAGAGACCGAUCCAGCACAAUGACAUUUUCAAACACCCUUCAGGUGAAAAAACACCUGUGAGAACAGUUCUGACUAAUGGGAUCGCAGGAAUUGGGAAGACAUUUCUGGUGCAUAAGUUCAUCCUGGACUGGGCUGAGGGACGAGCCAAUCAGGACGUGCAUCUCACAUUCCCUUUCACCUUCCGCCAGCUGAAUUUACUGAAGGGGAAAAAGUUUUGUUUUGCUGAGCUCAUUCACAAAUGUAUCAGGGAAAGCCGAGACAUCAACGUGAAGGCACUUAAUUACAUUUUUGCAAAGCUGCAGGAUUCAGGAAACACCAACUAUGACAAGAGCCCAUUUAAACUUCUUUUUGUGCUCGAUGGUUUGGACGAAAGCCGCCUACAUCUUGACUUCAGCUACGCCGUCGAUAGCGAAUGCUCUGUGGACGAGCGACUAUCCGUGGGUGAACUGCUGGCCCACCUCAUCAAGGGGAGGCUGCUCCCCGCUGCUAGACUCUGGAUAACCACACGACCAGCAGCAGCCAACCAAAUUCCUGUUGACUUUGUUGACAUCGUGACAGAAGUGAGAGGGUUCACGGACCCACAAAAGGAGGAGUAUUUCAGGAAGAGAUUCAGAGAUGAGCAGCUGUGUGGCACAGUCAUCUCCCACGUUAAGGCCUCGCGAAGCCUCCACAUCAUGUGCCACAUUCCAGUCUUCUGCUGGAUCACUUCUACAGUUCUGAUGCAAAUGUUAGGAGAAAAAGAAAGACAUAAAAUUCCUCAGACUCUGACCGAGAUGUAUACGAGAUUCUUGGUGUUUCAGAUCAAACAGACGGAAGUGAAGUACGACAUGAGCAAGGACAUCAAAAUCAUCAAGUCACUUGCAAAGCUGGCUUUCCAUCAGUUGGAGAAAGGUAAUCUGAUUUUCUAUGAGACAGAUUUGAAGAACAGUGGCAUUCACCUUAGCGAAGCAUCUGUCUACUCGGGAGUGUUCACGCAAAUCUUCAAAGAAGAAGACGGGCUGUGUGAAGACAAGAUGUUUUGCUUCGUCCAUAUGAGCAUUCAGGAGUUUCUGGCAGCACUUUUUGUCACAAUGUCAGCCUUUAAUGACGGCAAAAAUGUGAUGGCCCAACCACAAACACUUAUCCAGCAGAUGCAUAACCUUAUCAGGAAAGCGUCUACAACUCAAGUCUGUAAGAAAGCUGUGGAUAAAGCCCUGCAGAGUCCAAAUGGACACCUAGACUUAUUCCUCAGAUUCCUUGUGGGGCUUUCUUGGAAGUCAAAUCAGGAUCUCUUACAAGGCCUUUUGAAACAAAAAAGAGGCAGCCCAGAGUCCAACCAGGAAGUUGUGAAAUACAUCCAAAAGAAAAUCAGGGAGAAUCCAUCACCAGAGAGAUGCAUUAACCUGUUCCACUGUCUGAGUGAACUGAAGGACUCUUCACUAGUAGAUGAGAUCCAACAGUACCUGAGGACAGAAACUCUCUCAAGGGCCCACCUCUCUCCUGCUCAGUGGUCAGCCUUGGUCUAUGUGGUGCUGUCAUCUGAAAAAGACCUGGAUGUGUUUGACCUGAAGACAUACUCGAAAUCAGAGGAGGUUCUUAUGAGAAUGCUGCCAUUGGUUAAAAUCUCAAGAAUAGCACUACUGGACCAAUCUCAGCUCUCACGCCUGUCUUGUGAAGCUCUGGCUCCCAUUCUUGUCUCAGAGUCCUCCAGCAUGAGAGAGCUGGACUUGAGUUACAACAGCUUGCAGGAUUCAGGAGUGAAGCAGCUCUCUGCUGGAUUGGGAAGCCCGCAGUGUAAACUGGAAAUUCUCAGGUUGUCAAGCUGUGAGGUUUCCGAAGGGGGAUGCAUUUCUUUGGCCUCAGCCCUGAGCUUCAGCCCCUCCCACGGAAAAGAGCCAGACCUGAGCAACCGUCCUCCAAGAAAUCCAAAAGUGAAGACGGCAUUUAGAAAAGAGAGAUCGAUGUCUUAUCAAAAUGAUGCUCCGUGGUCAUUUAAAGUAUCAAGAUGCUGUGAGCCAACAAAGGGCCGGUAUUCCAGCCUGAGAGAAAUGGAUCUCAGUAACAAUAACCUGCACAAUGGAGGAGUGAAGCAUCUGUCUAAAGGACUUCAAAGUGUACACUGUCGACUGGAGAGUCUCAGGCUCAGUUGUUGUAGCUUGUCACAUAUAGGCUGCGGACAUCUGGCCUCACCUUUACUGUCCGACUCCUCCAGCCUGAGAAAACUGGACCUGAGCAACAAUGAUUUGUGGGAUUCGGGAGUUCAGCUCCUGUGUGUUGGGCUGCAAAGCCCAAACUGUAGACUGGAAACACUCAGGUUGUCGGGGUGCCUGGUUACAGAGAAAGGCUGUGCUUCUCUUGCCUCAGCUUUGAGCUGCAACCCCUCACACCUGAGAGAGCUGGACCUGAGCUACAACCAUCCAGGAGACUCAGGGGUGAAGCUGCUCUCUGCUGGACUUGAGGAUCCACGGUGGAGACUGGACACUCUCAGUGUUGAUCAUUGUGGAGCAUGCCGGAUUGUACCUGGGCUCAGAAAAUAUGCUUGUGACCUCCUACUAGACCCCAACACAGCAAACAAGAAAUUCCUACUGUCGCAAGGUGAUAAACAAGUGACAAUGGUGUUAAAGAUGCAGUCAUAUCCCGAUCACCCAGACAGGUUUGAAUUCAGGCACCAGGUUCUAUGUAAGAAUGGUGUCACUGAGCGCUGCUACUGGGAGGUGGAGUGGAAGGGACCAAUAAGUGUUGGAGUGGUGUACAAAUCAUUCGGGAGGAAAGGACGGGAGGAUGACUCCUUGCUCGGGUGGAACGACAAGUCCUGGGCUUUCGACUGCAACAGGAACAUUGCUUUGCACAGCGGAGAGAAGACACCCACAGCUGCAGUGUCUAGUUCCAACAGAGUGGCUGUGUAUCUGGACUGGCCUGCUGGCACUCUGUCCUUCUACACGCUCUGUUCUGGCAUAACGAUCCACAUCCACACCUUCCACUGCAGAUUCACUGAACCGCUCUACCCUGCACUGAGGGUUCUUGGCACUUAUUCUCAUGCAUUGUUAUGCACAUGUUAGAGACAAUCUCUAUAUUGUUGAAAAUCUGCUCACAUGUAAAGAGUCAGUAACGAUGUGCAGCUUGUGUGUGACCCAUAUUUUACCCUUGAUGGGCAGCCUACUACAUGAACAUGUUAUUUGGUUUUAUUCUAUGUGUGCUGGACAAGUGUAUGUCUGUCAUCCGGAAUGAAUCAUCCACAAACCAUGCAGGCUUCUGCAAGUGAGAGCUGUUAUUUGUCUUGUUGUUUGAUUAAGCUGCUGUACUAAUGUGAAAGUACUGUAAAUAAUACAAACAUAGAUUAUUUUGUAAUGAAUAUUUAAUACCAUGACUUUAUAUUCUGAGUGGAUCCAGAGCUUAGUAUUAUUAUUUUUUUGCUAAUAUCUGGCAACAAUUUGUCAUGAAAUGAAGUGUAUGUAUGAAACAGCCUCAAACACAAAGCUAAGGGCAUUAGCAUCUAACUAAUAAGGGUUGAUAAAUGAUCUUAUAUAGCGAUUUUCUACCUACUCAAAGGUAUUCAAAGCAGUCAGAGACACAUCCACAUUCAGUGUCUUGCUCAAGGACACUUCGGCAUAUGGGACACUCGGGGGAUCGAACCGCUGACCCUUCAUGGACAACCCACUCUACCUACUGAGCCAUAGCUACUGAGCCGCAGUAUCUCAUGUCAUUAUUGUAUCAGCUGAAAAUCCUUAUGGUAUAAUGUUCAGUUAUAGAUACAGACUGUGAUUAAAAAAAAAACACGGAUAUGCAAGUGUCACCACGAAUAUGAGUAUUUACCAUUACUUUCUAAUGAAUAAAAUAAAAUGCUUUUUUAG